GUUCUGUGCAUCAUGGGAUUUGUAGUGAGGUUUCUGGGCAAAACUUCCAUGGAAACUUUUCUUGAGUUGAGAACUUACACUAUUUACCCUGAGGCUCUGCACCUAACAAUAGGGUCAUAGCAGCACAUGAUAGAGAGGUGGGGAUAGGUAGAGUGAGGUCUUCUGGCCAUGGCUAGUGGGGGCUGCUCGUCUGAUCUGGUGCUGACCUUCUCAGUGGACUCCCUGCAGGUGGACCCUGGGCUGCUGGCAACUGCUGUGGUGCUGGGCAUUCUGCUGGGGGUGGUCGUUGCAGGACUCCUCUGUUGGUAUGUGUUCCUGCCUCUACUCUCUAGGAAGGUAAAGGAAAAAGUUGUGACUUUGGAGAAGAACAAGCCUGAUGUUAACCAAGUCAACCAGGAUGCAGCUUCCAAACCACAAAAGAAGACGAAAGCAAAAAACUCCAAACUGUUGCCCUUGGAAGAGGAAGGUGACCAGCUGUCAAAUAACGGAGUCGCAGCCUUUGCAUUAAAGGCCAAAGUUGUUUAUCCAAUAAAUCAAAAGUUUAGGCCUCUUGCUGAUGGAGCAUCCAACCCUUCCCUUCAUGAGAACUAUAAGCGGACACGGUUACCCAACCAGAUCUUUGAAGAUUUUGCAGAGAGCAGUAUGGAAUCCAUGAGUCAGGGAGAAAAGGAAGAUGGCAGCUCUUCUACGACAAUACAUUCGAAUACCAGUCUGGAUAGAUUCUACGAGAGAAUGUUUCCUCGAGUCAACAGUUUCCCAGAAGUCCUACAAUGUAAUGGCUGUGAUGUGAAGCUGUGUCUGUAUAGUCUGUGUUUGCAAAACUUACCUCUCCUGGAUACGGAACUUAGACAAGAGCAGUACACGAUGUUUGUACAGAUUCUCCGUAUAAACCUGACCGACUUACUGCAGGAGAAGAAGAUUGAUAGAGAGCUUUACACGCACAUUAUUUCGUCGCAGGAGGCAGAGCUGGAGGAGCUGGAGCAGACCUACCGGACGAGGUUAAUGUCAAAAAAGACAUCUCAUGGGAAGGGUACAGAAUCACAAACCAUGGAAGACAUUGAGAGGAGGGAGAGAGAAUAUUCUGAUCACCUAAUACGAAAUUUAGAAGGAUUCUGGAAGCAGAUUGAGAGCGUCCAUCAGUUACUUCAUGACAAAGCGAAAUGUUCCUACGAUGAAGCUGAAAGGAUAAUGAUGAACGUCAUGUUGAAAAUGAUCGCUGUGGAAAACAUCCUGUGUGAUUCCCAAGAGGAGCUGGUGAUGGAAAUCCAAGAAAAAAUGAUCCGCUGGGAACACAUGACAAAAGUAGUGGAAUCCCUAAAGUAUCAGAUACAGGAGGAAAGUGAAUGCAGACUUAAUGCAGUUUCCAAAACACUGGAGCAGCUGACAAUAAAGAAGAAACUGACGGUGAAACAGAAGGAGCGGCACCUUACUGAGCUCUUCAAAGAUUUUUGGGAAGAGGUGUCUCGGUAUAAUAAAGACUGCUAUCAGCAAAUGAAAGCUUUAAUAGCUGAACACAUGAGACAUCGCAAUAAACUCAUCGAGAUCCUACAGAAAAAGCAAAAAGAAGAACGCUUAAGCUUUCUAACCAGGGCAGAGGGAACUGUAGAUGCCGACCACUUUAUAACGGAAUACCAUAAACUGCUAGAAGAUCAGAGAGAACUUCAGGGUGCGCUGGAGGAUGAAGAGGACUGUAAAGCCAUUGAUACUGUUGCUGAACUCUGCCAGGAGCUAUACACAGGAGCCUCACAGAGGUUUGAAAAGAUGGUGAAAAAGCUGUGUCUUCAGACACUUCCCGAAAAUACUAGCUUGACUUUAGGAGAAUGUGAAAGUAUGAAGCAUGAACUGAGAGAUAAUCUAUCUACUGAACUUGAAAAGGCAGAAAACGAGAGGAAGACAAAAAUCAAGCUCUUCCAGGAGAUGCUGUUGCAAGAGAAGCAGUUGUGGGCAAAAGAGCAAGUCCGAUCGUCUGCACUGGACAGAUACGUGUGUGAGACGCAGCAACAAGUUGUUCAAGGGGUCCUUAUCCGACUAAGUGGUCUCAGCGAGGAUUCCAAUAAAUUUGCUCUUCAAAGGCACAAGUUCUUGCUGAAAUCCGUCCUGCGCACACUCGCUCUGCGGAACAUCGCCAUGGCAACCCUGACCCAAAUGAGAAUGUCAAGGAAGAUUGUCAUUGUCCAGGAGUUGAAAGAGCAGCAUGCCCUGGAGAAAUGCAAAUGGCAUUUACAGGAUGAGGAGCAGUGGCAGACACAGAAAGAGAUGGAAGCUCACAUCUUAGAAGAAGCAAACAAACUGGAAGAAGAGACCUGGCAGGCGCGCAGUGAUUUUCAGCAGCAGCUGCUUCUAGAUUUGACAGAUGCAAAUAAUGGCAUCCAGCAGCACAUGGAGCGAACAAUUGGACAAAUGCUCAUACACCGCGCACAGCAGGAAGCAGCAAAGACCAUGAUGGAAGAUAAUGGAGAGUUUAAGGAACGGCUCGUGGAAGCUGCGGUGGAGAGUGUUUACAUCACCAGCAACAGCGUCAACAAGUUAGUCCAAGGCUACAAUCAAAAUAUAGAGCAAAUCCUAAAGGAUCAUGAAAAGGAGAAAAGUAAACAGCUGAAGGCUAUAAAGGAAAAUGCAUCAAAACUAAGAAGUAACCACAAACUUUCCAAAAUCAAGCCCAAGAAACUUCCAGAACCAUCAUCGAGUUACGAUCUACAUCAGAGACUGAUUUCCGAACAAAAACAGAUGCUGGAAAAGUUUAGACUAUUUCAACAGAUUCGUCUGGACUCCCUGAGACAGAAGAAAUCUGUUCUACAUCUCCUAGAAGGACAGCUGGAGAACAAGAUGAAGGAUGCAGAACAGGAGUUCAUUGCUGAGCUGGCUUCGAUGGCUAGGAUCCGUCUUACUGACAACAAUUCUUCAGUGAACAGGAACGUACAUUCCGAGCCUUUGGGAAAGAUCCCCUCCAUGAAGAAGUUGAAAUGACGAAGUAGAAGUGUUAGCAGAAGUUACUGAAGCGUGCUGUACAACCUUACACAUGGAUAUGAAACUGUUUAGGUGAACCCCAUCGUCUCUAUGAGAUCAAUACUUUGCACUUUGGUGCCCAGCUUCACAAUUAAGGUUGGACUCCCCAGAGAACAGAGAAAAUUGUGGCUAAUUGGAGCCUGCUGUGAAGUAGAGAAAAGUGAAAGGAAAUUGGGAAGAACUAUGAACUAUCACUUUUACUGGAUGAGUGCCAACAUAUUUUAUACUCCAUUCUCAGAAACCAGCAGCCCAAGAUUACCGGGCAUGGCUAGACUGUUUUUAAGGUGCUAUAAAAGAAUUGCACUUGAAGAUCAUAGCAAAAGGUUAUUAGACUCAUUGCUAAGGAACUGUUAAGAUCUGUGCAACUUUAGGUGUCUUGCAAAUAUAUCGGAGCUAAAUUUUUACUUUCGUUGAGUUAAUGGAGGUAUAUCAUAGUGAAAAACCUAUCCCCUAUCUGCAGGAUAGGGGAUACGUUAUCCCCAGGAAUGCAGGUGUCACAACCCCCGCCAGAAGCAGGGGCCGCCACGCCCCCUCCAUAUAUCUCUAUGGGAGAGCCGUUUGACUAUCUUUGUUUCUCCCAUAGAGAUAUAUGGAGGGGGUGUGGCGGAUCCCACUUUGAAGGGGGAGGGGAGAGCCGGAUCCCUGUACUUAUCCCCUGUGAAUAGGGGAUAUGUUUUUCACUAUGAGACUUCUCCUUUAAAGGGGAUAUUCACUUAAAUGGUCUCUUUUUUUUCCUAGAAGGAUCCCCUGGUGAUAGGCAGCUCACAGGUUGUCCUGCUGCUGGGAUCCUCAGCCAUCGGCUGUAACUUGCAGGGUAAAACUGGCAGCAAUUGUUCAGGUUCUCUUCAUUCACAACCCCCAUUAAAUAAAGGCAAUUUUCCUAAUUCCUAGGUUGUUUUUUUACUCUAAGUUAGGGAUUGGGUUUCAUGUUUUAAAUUAGGAUUCCCUAAAUAAAUGGAUUUAAUUUUUUUUUUUUUUUUAACCAAGCAGUCUUUCAAAUGCACUUAUGUAAUGAAAUGUAACCAUAAAAAAUGCGGCAGUCACAAAAAGGUCAUUAUUCUUGCCCAUAUGCCUUUUAAAUAUCGGAAAUAGCUGAGCUCCUGCUAUAGUGGCUUAGAUCAGAGAGACUCCUCCAAUCCUGGCUGUUUAACCACUUGGAUGCAGCGGUUAAUAGCAACCUAUGGCAUCUAAGUGGAUUUAGAUGGAGGCGGCUCCAUCUGUUACCCUAUCUGCAGCCCCACAAUAUGAACACAGGAUUCUGAUUGGUUUCCAUGGCAACAGGGGCCAAAUAAGGAGCCCCAGUUAUGGCAAGUUGUAACUCCAAAUAGCCCUUUGUAUCCCCACAUCUUUGAUAACCUAAACCAUAAAAUAUUAAUUCAUACUGUAUGUUUCGAAAUUGUUUUUAUUAAAAAUAUAAAAAAGUUAUACCAUUUUAUUAAGCAAGUGCUGUAGUAUUGCAAAACCACAGAUACAUAAAAUGAGAUGUGCUAGGUAAAAAGCUUGGAUCUGCUGUAUUGGCGAACAUAUAUGUAUAGGGUUUGCUCUUGAUUUAUGUGGGCAUAAUAAUUGCUUAGUUUAUAUUUACACAUUUGUCUGGAAUUUAAUUUUGUUAAUAUUUUGCUUAAACAGAUUAUUUAGCACUUAAAAAACAAUGCCAAAAUAUAUGUGUUUAGGGGUCAGAGUUCAGUUUUUCCAGUAUAGAGCUCCAAACCUUCUGCAGUUAUAUAGAUAUACAAUAUAAUUCUGACUACCUGCAGUCAUUACAAGGGAAGGUGAAUUUAUUGUACUUUUAGCUGUGGCGACCAAUAUGACCAUAUUAACCAUCUUGCUUCAGCUUUCCUAAUGACCUGAAUGCUACAUGUCCCUAGUUAUGUACCAAUAUAUAUCCCCACUGACUGUGUGACUAUAUACAGGGUUUAUCAAUGUAUAUUUGGGGAAAUUCUCUUUAAACAUGGUACUAUUGUAAUAGAAGACUGGCGGUGUUGUAUGUGACGUGACAAAUUUUGAAAGGAAUAUUUAAUGUUUGUAUAAUUUAUUUAUUUUAUUCUUUUAAUAAAAAGUAUAUUCCUGUAGU